AUGGCCAGACAGAGGAAGGGCGCCAAGGCCACCGCGCCCAAGAAGAAGGGACUGGGUAUCCCCGCCCCCUUCAAGACGCCUCCCGAGGUGCUGCAGCCACUCAUCGAAACCCUCGAGGAGGAGCACAUCUACAUCCUGCACAUUGAUGACAAGCCCGCCGACCUCAAACGCAAUGUCUUUCUCGUCCCUGUUCUCAUGAAUGUCGCCAUCGCCGCUCUGUUCGUCUGGCGCAUGUACUAUAUUCUGCCGUGGUAUCUGCGUCUCCUCACUUCCACCCUCGGCUACGCCAAUGAGACCACCUUGGUCGCCGCUGAGAUGGAGUGGGAGGAUCUGCUCCCGGAGAUUGCCAGACGCAGCGGCCAGUUCAUCAUAGACCUCAUGCUCUACGUCUUUGUCUGGCCCUGGCCAUUCGAGUUCGUCUUUGGCGGCCAGCACAGCAACCCGGCCUCCUGGCGUUACAUCACCGGCUUCCGAGACCGGGAGAUUGUGGCCCGAAGAAGCCGAGGCUGGGACAAGGCCGUCAGGGAUGUUAUCAACGAUGGAAACAGCAAGGACGUGUUCAUGGCCUAUGUUGGCCUCGCCACAUCCCCCAUGCUAAUGCAGGAGAAGACGGGUUACCUCCUCAUGAACAAGGAAUGGAACCUGGACUGGCACGUCAUGAUCGAUGCUACAGAAAUGGUUGACAAGAAGAUGGCUGCCUUGGAGGCCUUCAGGCUCGUUGUCCUAGUUCAUCAGGAAGAGCACGGCUGGCUAGUCGUCGACCACAAAGUGGAAGAAACUGCUGAGGAAGAUGAGAGACGACGACAAAUAUUCCUGUUCAGGGAUGCUCUGUCGGCGCUGGGCAAGGAGAACCUCUUCUACCGCUGGAUCGAGAUCAUCCAGUUCGAGGCAUCGCAGCCAGGCGGCUUCGCUGCCGAGAAGCAGGAGGUUGUUGCCCAACAGGUCAGGGACUUGUUUCAGAAGGAAGGCGUGGAUUUUGAUGCACUAUGGAAGGAGAGUGUGGGCACCGACGGCAUCCAAACCAUGUAA